CGAGUCUGGUUACUCUGUCUGCCUCUUAGCGGUGCUCGUUGUUACUCCGCCUCUUCGCGGAUCACACCACGUUUCCAACCGGAGGAAAAGAAAAGUCGACCUCCCGUUUUUUUCUGGGUGGAGUGUCAUUGAGGAAGUCGCCAAGGCAGCUUUCCCGUCAUCAUGGUGAACAUCCCAGAAUACUAUGCAGGGAAAAAUGUGCUGAUAUCUGGAGCAACAGGCUUCAUGGGAAAGGUUCUGCUGGAGAAGCUGCUGAGGUCCUGCCCUGGGGUCAAAACCGUUUACGUAAUGGUUAGGUCAAAAGCUGGGCAGAGCCCUCAAGCCCGCGUAGCUGACAUGAUUAACUGCAAGUUGUUUGAAAAAUUGCAAGCAGAGCAGCCAGACUUUGCAGAGAAGAUCACAGCAGUGAACAGUGACCUCACAGUACUGGAGCUCGAUCUCAGCAAAGAGGAUCAGAGCAUCCUGGUUGAAAACAUCAACAUCGUCUUCCACUGUGCCGCAACAAUCCGCUUCAAUGAACCGCUCAAAGAUGCAGUCCAGCUGAAUGUCCUGGCCACACAAAAGAUGCUGGCGCUGGCCCACAGGAUGAAGCACCUGGAGAUCUUUCUUCACGUCUCCACAGCUUACGCCCACUGUGACAGAGAGGUCAUCGAGGAAGUCGUGUACCCGCCUCCUGUAAACUACCGCAAACUCCUUGACACUCUUGACUGGAUGGACGACGAUUUGGUAGCAACACUAACCCCCAAGCUUAUUGGCGAGCGCCCCAACACUUACACCUACACCAAAGCCUUGGCUGAGUAUCUGGUGCAGCAGGAGGCUGGAGACCUCAAUGUUGCCAUCAUCAGACCCUCAAUUGUUGGCGCCAGCUGGAAAGAGCCGUUCCCCGGCUGGAUUGACAACUUUAAUGGACCCAGUGGAAUAUUCAUCGCAGCUGGAAAGGGGAUUCUGCGUACGAUGAGAGCAUCUAAUGAUGCCGUGGCUGACCUGGUCCCUGUAGAUGUGGUCAUUAAUGCAACUCUAGCGGCAGCUUGGUUCUCUGGAUCACAACGAGUCAACAGGCCUAGAAGCAUCCUGGUGUAUAACUGCACAACUGGUGGGAUCAACCCGUUUCGCUGGGGCGAAGUCGAGAACUGUAUAAACAUGACCUUCAAGAACAAUCCCCUAGAGCAGGCCUUCAGAAGGCCCAAUGUCAAUCUGCGCUCCAACUCUUUUACUAAUCAGUACUGGACAACAGUCAGCCACACCCUGCCGGCCCUGCUGUAUGACGGCUAUCUCACACUGAUGGGCCACAAGCCCCGGAUGAUGAAGACAAUCACUCGGCUGCACAAAGCCAUGAUGGUCCUGGAGUAUUUCACCAGCCAUUCAUGGGUUUGGAACACAGACAACGUGGCCAUGCUGCUGUCCCAUAUGAGCCCUGAGGAUAAGAAGGUGUUCAACUUUGAUGUGCGCCAGCUGCACUGGGCAGAGUACAUGGAAAAUUACUGCAUGGGCACAAAAAAAUAUGUCCUCAAUGAAGAGCUGUCAGGGCUGCCUGCUGCACGCAAACACCUCAACAAGCUGAGGAACAUCCGCUACACCUUCAACACCGUCCUGGUGGUUCUGAUCUGGCGCAUCUUCAUCGCCCGGUCCCAAAUGGCCCGCAACAUCUGGUACUUUGUGGUGAGCCUCUGUUUCAAAUUCCUCUCGUACUUCAGAGCUUCCUCCACCAUGAGAUAA